AUGACCGUGCGGAUUUGGGGCUCCGACCACUCCCCAGGGGCUCUGCCGGAUGAUGAGGUGAGGGUGACCUUUGGUGUGCGAAGGCAGCUGUCCUGGAGCGCUGACACGGGAUUCUCCAUCAACGGAGUGGCUACGAAGAUCCUGGGGACGGCCAACCACCAGGACGUCGCUGUGUUGGGCGUGGCUGUGCCGGACCACCUCCAGGCGUACCGCCUGGAGAUGCUGCAGAAGGUGGGCGCCAACGCCUGGCGCACCGCCCACAACCCCCCCAGCGUGGCGUUGCUCGAUGCGGCGGACCGCCUGGGCGUGAUGGUUUGGGAUGAGAAUCACCGCAACGGCCAAGACUCAGAGAUGGAGGUCAUGGUGAGGAGAGACCGGAACCAUCCCAGCAUCAUCAUCUGGUCGGUUUGCAACGAGAAUCUUUGCCACUCCGACCACGUCGUGGACGACGCCCGGCGAUUGCAGGACUUGGCCCACCGCUUGGACCCCCUCAUGGGACGCCUCGUCUCCGCCAACUACAACGAGUUCAACGGCAACAAGACGCCCAUGGACCUUAUGGGCUUCGAUUAUGGCCCCGAGAUGUACGACCGCUGGCACGCUGAAGCGCCUUGGAAGCCAUCGAUUUCCAGCGAGACCUCCUCCGCCUACUCCGACCGAGGCCUGGUGCAGAACGACCCCAAGACCGGCCACGUGCGAGACUAUGAUACCGAGCAUCCCUCCUGGGGGCAGACAGCGCAGGUGGCCUGGCAGGCCAUCCUCAGGCGCCCCUUCGUGGCGGGUGGCUUUACCUGGACUGGCUGGGACUACCGGGGGGAGCCUACGCCAUACGCCUGGCCGGACGUGAGCUCACACUUCGGGAUCCUGGACACGUGGCAUGGGGGGACUUUUCCGUUUGUCUUCCCUUUUAAGACCACCAAAACAGGGGGGGGUCUACAACAAAAGGAACCACACCCAAUUCUCUUGGUGAACUGA